AUGGAAGGGUUAAACACAAACAGCUGGGUCCUGAAAUCUCCAUUCAGCAUCACUAACCUACUCCAAGAUGUGGCCUCAAGCGGCGCUCCCAAGGGACCACUGUCAUCACCGUUGUUGAGGGAAGACGAGGAUGUCGUCGUAGCAGCAGCAGCCGCUGGUGAGGAACGGCAGAGGUUGAGAAAAGAGGAUCUUUCUGGCGAAAGGAGAGGGAAGCACGAGAAGCCGCCUUUCAGCUACAAUGCCCUGAUCAUGAUGGCCAUCCGCCAGAGCCCAGAAAAGCGCUUGACUCUCAAUGGCAUCUACGAGUUCAUCAUGGGCAGCUUCCCUUACUACAAGGAGAACAAGCAAGGCUGGCAGAACUCCAUCCGCCACAAUCUCAGCCUCAACAAUUGCUUUGUCAAGGUGCCCCGGCACUACAACGAUCCUGGCAAGGGCAACUACUGGAUGCUCGACCCUUCCAGCGAGGACGUCUUCAUCGGAGGCGCCACCGGAAAGCUGCGCAGGAGGCCGUCCACUUCCCGGACCAAGCUGGCUUUCAGGAGAGGAGCUCGGCUGACUUCGGCUGGGGUGACCCUGGCUGGAUCUCUCUACUGGCCUUUGCCUCCUCUUUACAGUGCCUCCUCAGCCUACCUGAGCCACCCCCCUGGCAACUUCUCUUCCAUUUUCUCCCACCAGGCUAUUUCUCCUCCAGUGGGGCACAGACAGAUGGAAGUAGAGAGCUCCUACAGCAACCACCAGCAGAUUGCCACAGCGAUGUUGGCCUCGGCCAUCCCCUGCAGCCUCUCCUCACCCGACUGCCAGGACUCCUGCUCUAUCAAUUUCCUGGCCAGACAGGCGAAUUACAUCUUCUCUCAGAGACAUCACACCUUGCCUCAGGCUGUCCUCCCAUCCAAAGCCACCAGAGAUCUCCUCGGAAGAGGUCCUCCAACUUUCCCCGGGCGGCUUUCUCCAGAGCUCCCAAGCUACUUUGCUUUUCAGAAUCAGGGUGUUCCUUUUCAUCCAAGCCUGCCUUGA